CUGCAAGCUAAUGUUACCAUAUCUUCAGAGACAGGUUGCGAUUCUCGUGCGGAAUAGUAGCAUUCCUCUUCUCCAUCGCUGUUGACCACAAAACCUCCAUCUCCACGUUCUUCUGUGUCCUCCUUCUCCCACGCUAUGUCCUCGGGUCCUCGCUGGACCGAAUGUGGUCCACCUCGGCGUUACUCGAGCGUUUUUCCGUCUCUCUCGCUCCUUCUGCGCCCUCCGCGUGCUCGUGACUGGAGCUGGCUGCAGUUGAGACAACUGCCACGACAGCAUGCGUCGAUACUCUGUCAGUGGCCAGAGGGCCAAGAGACCAUUAUCUCCACCCUCCUGAUCUUCCUGCAGGGCCUCCAUAGCUAUAUAAAUAUUUUGUGGUAGCCUGCUAUGUGCUCAAUGAACUUUGAGAUGGUCAAACUAAUUUCACUGAAGGUUGGCCGAUCCUCAACCGCCAUCUCCCAGCACUGUAUCAUCAUAUGGUAU